AUGGAAAAGAAGAGGCGAGCGAGGAUCAAUGUAUCUCUGGAGCAGCUAAAAACUCUGCUAGAGAAACACUAUUCGCAUCAGAUUCGAAAACGCAAACUGGAGAAGGCGGAUAUUCUAGAAUUAAGCGUCAAAUACAUGAAAAGCCUGCAGAACUCCGUUCAAGGUGUCCCCCCGGUGUUCACUAGCGCGGAGUACCAAGCGGGCUUUCGGAGCUGCCUCCACGGGGUGAGCCAGUUUUUGCGGCGCUCGGACACAAGCUACAGUCUGCCCUGCCACCUGCUGCAGGAGCUCUCCCGGGUCGGCAUACCCGCCGGCGCCCCGGGCUUCAGUACCACGGACAGCGCCACUCCCCCUUCCAACCCCGAAGCUCAGUCUCCGGCCUUCUCCAGAGGCCCCGCGGCGAUGGAGCCUUGGGGUCCCUCUCCCGCUGCCACCGUCCUGCGGCCAUCCAGACAACGGCUUCUCCUCCCUACUGCCCCCAGCACAGCCGGCCCAGUUCCUCCCGAGAGUCCCCAGCCGGAAGUCCAGCGAAACAGUACCUCGGGAGAGGGUAGCAGAGGGCAGAAUGUGUGGCGUCCCUGGUAACCCUAGACCCACGUACUGCCGAAGAAAAGAACUGUAGGCCCAGAGCUGACCCGGUCGGCUGUUGGAAGGCCGCGGCCCCGGAGGUUGGAACCCCUGGGCGCUGUCCGUGUUUGCUCUGGGGUAACUUGGUGGUCCUGACUUUGAAGUCCCUUUCUUCUCUCCGCCUGGUGGAGAACCAACCGCCUUAAGAGAUCAUUCUGACUUCGGGGCUGGAGAAAGGGAAAAGGCUCAACUCCCACUUGUGGGUAAGGGCCUAUGUUGAAUACUAUUUAAGAAGAAAAACAAUGACAACUAACUCAGAGUUCGUUCUGAAGGAGUGAAGGUCCUCCCAUUUUGGGGAGGGUGGAGAACUGGAAUACAAAAUGAUUUUGAAGGGUGGAGAAUAAGCUAGGAAUUUUUCCAGGAAAUAGUGUCCCAGUCACUCCUGGGAGACCCUCAGCAAGCCCAGUUCUAAUUCCCAGUAGCAGGGUAGUCAUCUCCCCUUUUCAGAGUUUGUAUAUUUCUUGCAUGUG